AUGGUAUAUGCUCUGCCUCAAUCUUUUAAGGCGGAGCUUAUCGAGUAUGAAGAGUUCAAAGAAAAGGAAGAAGAUGGGCUUAAAGUAGCCCAAUUGCAAUUGGAAGAUGUUCAACCAGCCGAUGCAGUGGUUUUUGAGAAACCAUCGGCUAUGCAGACGAGAUUCAUAAGGCCUCUCUUUAUAAAGGCCUUAAUUGAAUGUCGGCCAGUAGGCCGAGUUAUGGUAGAUGGCGGAGCGAUGGUCAAUGUCAUGCCCACUGUAUUCUUCAAGAAGUUGGGCAAAGAUGAAGAUGAGUUGAAACCCAUGGACACGAUCAUGACCGACUUUUCUGGGAACGGUCAGCAAGCUCGAGGGGUGCUUACGACUAAGAUUACAGUAGGUUCUAAAACUUUACGAACGGCAUUCUUUGUGGUUGAUGCAGAUAGUCAAUAUAACCUACUACUCGGGCGUGAUUGGAUUCAUGCAAACGAGUGCGUGCCUUCUACACUCCACGAAAAACUUUUCCAGUGGGUCGAAGAUAAAGUUGAAGAAAUCCGGACCGAAUGA